AGCAUGGAAGGAGGGUCUGCCAGAGAUUUGUGAAGACUUACCGACUUUCAAAGGCAAACAGAAAAAGGUGGGUUACCUGCGGGACGGGGGAAAGGCACGCCUCCUGGCCAAAGGAACAAAUAGCGGACCUCUUGGUGUCCUCGCCCGGUCUUCAGUCUCCGUGUCUGUUCUUGCUGGAACUUCGGGAUGUUGUAAAUGUCAGUGCUGAGAGCAACAGAUGAAGAGGCUUGAGUCGUUUUGCCUGUGAGGCAUUAUGCUGCUGGAGACAGUCGACGGUGGGUUGUGACGGCUGUGAAUCCAACAUGGAAGCGCAGAAGGAUGAAGGCCGAGGGCCGUGGUCAUCUUCGCCUCCCGCUCCCUCCAGCUCUGUCUGCUACAGGAGCGGUCUCAUACUCUUCCUCCUCUUCUUCCUUAUUAUUGGCAUCUUUGUCGGCCUGGUUAUAGCGUACCUUGUGCAGGAGCAGCAUCAUUUCAUGGAGACAGUGGAGCUCAGAGGUCUGAAGUACGACGCUGCACUGCAGGAUAAGAGCUCUGGUUUCUCCAUAGUACUGUCCUCAGUUUUAAAGUCCAGGAUUAAAAACGUCUUCACCGCCUCACCCAUAACACGUCACUUUGUCGAUUGCAGCAUUGUUGCCUAUGGUAACAUUAACGGAGAUGUGAUGGCGACGCUCCGACUCGUCUUCAGGGUGUCCAAGAUCCAGCAGUAUUCAGAAAACUUUGUUCAGGACUUGCUGAGUGCAGGACUCAGCUCAUCGAUGCACGGGAAACCGCUGGAGGUGCCGGAGUUUGGACAGAUCGACGCUGUCAUCCUGCUGGGAGCCAGUGGAAAGUCAUUUUAUGUUAUUGGAGACAGUAUGAUAGCCAGCUGUCCUGACAACACUUUCACCUGUGACAGCGGAGAAUGUGUCACUAAAGUAAACCCAGAGUGCGACUUCGUCCCAGACUGCGCAGAUGGAUCUGAUGAAGCUCGCUGUGCCUGCGGUACGCGUCCUGCCACGGGGAGUCGGGUGGUGGGCGGUGAGGACGCACGGCGAGGGGAGCUGCCGUGGCAGGUCAGCCUGAGGUUCCAUGGGCGGCACAUCUGCGGAGCCACCAUCAUCAAUGAACGCUGGCUCGUCAGCGCAGCUCACUGCUUUGAGAGGGUCAAUAACCCCAAAGAAUGGACAGCCCUGGUUGGGGCGACGCUGGUGAGCGGUGAGGAGCCAGAGUCCAGAACGAUUAACAUCAAGUCCAUAACUGUGUCUCCAGACUACAACCCCAUGACCACGGACAAUGAUGUAACUGUGCUGGAGCUGGAGACGCCUCUCACGUUCAGCUCUUACGUGCAGCCUGUCUGCAUACCCUCCCCAUCUCAUGUUUUUGCACCUGGUCAGAGCUGCAUUGUGUCCGGUUGGGGUGCCGUACACCAGUUUAGCUUCACGCUGCCCUCCACGCUGCAGAAAGCUGUGGUCAAAGUCAUUGACUCCAAGGUGUGCAAUAAGUCAUCUGUGUACAGAGGAGCGAUCACUCCAAACAUGAUGUGUGCUGGAUUCCUGCAGGGCAAGGUGGACUCGUGUCAGGGGGACUCCGGAGGACCUCUGGUGUGCGAGGGGGCCCCGGGAAGAUUCUUCCUGGCCGGGAUAGUGAGCUGGGGUGUGGGCUGCGCUCAGGUCAACAGACCUGGGGUUUAUUCCCGUGUUACCAGGCUCCGUAACUGGAUUCUAAGCCAGACUGAUCCCACCUCGGUUCAUGAUUAUGGCCAGCAUGUUCCCACAGUGACAGAGUUUAAUACCCCACCAGCACUCGGGACCUCAGCUGAUAACGUGUCGUCUGCAGCAGUGCUACCACUGUCUGCCUUGAAUUGCAGUGGAAACUUUGAGUGUAGCUCCACUUCCUGCAUCAGCAAGGUCAACCCGGAGUGUGACAGAGCCGCAGACUGUCCCAAUGGGGCUGAUGAAAGAAACUGUGACUGCGGCGUGCGCCCUGCGCUGGGCUCCCAUAGGAUCGUGGGUGGAGUCACAGCUCGGAGGGGAGAGUGGCCUUGGAUCGGGAGUCUUCAGUACCAGAGGCUUCACAGAUGCGGUGCCACGCUCAUUCACAAUAGGUGGUUACUGACUGCAGCGCACUGCUUCAAAAGUGACUCUACUCCCAAUAACUGGGCCGUGAGCCUGGGAUCUGUGCUGCGAUCGGGGGUAGGAGCCCUGGUCGUUCCCAUCCAGAGGGUAAUCAUCCACCCGGCCUUUAAUGGCACCAACAUGGACCACGAUGUGGCUUUGCUGGAGCUGGCCGUCCCAGCCCCGAUGUCUUACACCAUCCAGUCUGUCUGUCUUCCAUCACCAGUACACCGCUUCUUAAAGAGCGCAGAGUGCUACAUCACAGGGUGGGGAUCCAUGAGAGAGGGAGGUUCAUUGACCAACCUGCUACAGAAAGCUGCUGUGAACAUCAUUGACCAGACGGACUGUCAGCAAUCAUACGGUAGCGUUCUGACUUCAAACAUGAUGUGUGCGGGAUUCAUGGCGGGAGGUCGGGACACCUGCUUGGGAGACUCUGGAGGGCCGCUGACGUGUCGUCAGCCCUCCGGUCAGUGGUUUAUCGCUGGAGUAACCAGCUGGGGACACGGAUGCGGCCGAGUCGGUUUCCCGGGAGUUUACACUCGUGUGACGUCUAUCAGGAGCUGGAUAUCCACAUACCUUCCCUUCUGAUGAAGGAAGAACUGUGUCUGCAGAGAACUGAGGUCAUGCUAAACAGCCACACACAAACACUGUGUACACAGCCCUGACCUUUGUGACCCUCCGGUCACGGGUGCUGGCGGUAGUGCUGUGCUUUACCUGAACUGAGGAAACAAUCCUGAUCUGUGCCUUAAACAUUCAUUCACGGAUCAUUUGGAGUAUUUAUUAGUUAUUUAUUGUCAUGGAUGGUAAACACACAGCACGUGGCUUUGUGUAUUUUGUGUGGACAAUAUGGGAUUCAUUUAUGGGUAAAUGUAAGGGUAUUGUGAUCUUUUACU